UUUGGGUAAUGUUGCUAGUGUAUACCUUAACUAGUAAAGAAUACAGAGGAUGAGAAAGUAGCAAAGGGCCACAUAUCUCUAAAUCAAGAGCAUUGCAAAUCUCUUGAUGUCUCAUUGGGAGACACCAUCCCUUUGCAAGUGUUUGCUCCUCCUCCUAAUGGGUUUGAUGUGGAUGUAUUGAGAAUCAUGGUAGAAUUACUUCCGGAAAGUUCAACUCCAACUCAAAUUAUAACGGCUUUUACUCUGGGAAGAGAAUUUCGAAACACAUUCCAUCAUCAGGUUUUUACUGAAUAUCAGAAGGUGGUAUUUGCAUAUAAAGGAAGCUCAUAUGCAUGCAGUGUUGUGGGAAUUUCUCUCGGUGAGAAUGAGGGGAGUGAAUCUUUGAGGAGCACAAAGCAGGGGAUGAUCCGAACGUGCACGAAAGUGAUAGUUGAAGUCCCACCACAAUCACUGGGUACCCUAAUACAUGGAGCUGAAACAUUUAAAAGCAUAUUUAGGGAAGGCUUCAAUAUGGAAUCACUGGAAGAAGAACUGAUAUCACUUGGUAUUGGAGGUAUGACUUCCCAAUUUGCUCAAAUACUGCAGUCGGCAUUCGGCUCACGGAUGGUUCCUCCCCCUGUAGCAAAGAGGUUGAAUUUGAAGCAUGUAAGAGGCAUGCUACUAUAUGGUCCACCAGGUUCUGGAAAAACCUUGAUAGCACGAAACAUUUGCAAAUUACUAAAUGCAAAAGCGCCCCUGAUUAUAAAUGGACCGGAUGUGUUAUAUGCAUUCCAAGGUGUAUUGGAGAGGAAAAUAAGGUCACUCUUUAAAGCAGCCAUUGAGGAUGAAAACAGAUAUGGAGCUAAAAGUGACCUACGUAUCAUCAUAUUUGAUGAAAUUGAUUCGAUUGCUAAGGCAAUACUUGAAAAUUUGCUCGCCUUUCAGAUUGAUGGCAUAAAAGUAUUGAACAACAUUUUUAUUAUUGCUACUACAAAUAGAAAGGAGCUCAUCGAUGAAGCCCUACUGAGGGAAGGUAGAAUCAAACUACAUGUCAAAUUAGAGUACCCAGAUGAGCGAGGGCACUUGCAAAUUUUGGACAUCAACACAAGGAACAUGAGACAAGCUUUUUUACUCGAUGAAGAUGUGAAUCUUCAAGAAAUUGCUUGCAGGACGGAUGGCUGUAAUGGAUUUGCCAUUGCAUCUCUAGUCACUCGUGCACAUUCAUAUGCUGUGGUCUAG